GGCAGAAGCCGCCUCGAGCAGUCCCGGAGUCUUGAGGGACUGCCUGGGGGCGUGUCCUGUAGGCCGACCAGGCGCGGCGUCGGGGGUCGGGGGCGUGUCGGUCGGCCUGUGUCAGUAAGCAGGGACCUCCGGCCUAGGUGGAAACGCGGCGCGCCGCUCUGGACUGUGGGUCCGGACGCUGGAAGUGAGAGGCUCAUGGCGCCCCGAGCCGUGCGCGGCGCUCUCCUGGUCUGGGCCCUGGCGCUGUGCUGCCUGAGCGGCGCGGGCCGGCCGUGGAGUGGCAGUCAUGAGUGGAAAAAACUAAUUUUGACCCAACUCUGGCCUCCAACACUGUGCAAGGAAGUUAAUGACUGUGAAAAAUCUCCUGAUUAUUGGACAAUACACGGACUAUGGCCUGACAAAGUGGAAGAUUGUAACUCAUCAUGGCACUUUCAUUUAGAUGAGAUUAAGGAUCUUUUCCAGGAUAUGAAUCUGUACUGGCCUGACAUAAAGCACCCGCUGAACGGCAGCAGAUUCUGGAAGCAUGAGUGGGAGAAGCAUGGCACCUGUGCUGCCCAGCUGGAUGCCCUCGACUCCGAGAAGAAGUACUUUGGGAAGAGCCUGGUGCUGUACAAGCAGCUUGACCUGACCAAAGUGCUCCAGAAAUUGGGAAUUGAACCGUCUAUCAAUUACUACUAUAUUUCAGAUUUUAAAGAUGCGCUUACCAGAAUCUAUGGCGUUGUCCCUAAGAUCCAGUGUCUUCCAUCCACGCAGGGUGAGAAUGUGCAAACAAUUAGUCAAAUAGAGCUGUGCUUCACUAAGGAGGACUUCCGUUUGCGGAACUGCACGGAGCCUGGGGAGCUGCCAAAGCAGGAAGUGUGGCUGUCCAGGGUCACUGCCACACAGUCAAUGAUGGUCUGUGAAGAUGGCCCAGUCUUCUACCCCCCACCUAAAAAGAUCAGAAGGACCAAGUAUUAUGUCUAAAUUUUGGAAAUAGUCUGUAUUCUGCAAAUUAAGGGAAGUUCAUAAAUCAACUGCUUUUUAAAAACUGAAUCCAAAACCUU